UACUUCCUGUAUUUGGUGAGAGAGGAAUGGAGCAGGAGAGAGAGAGAUAGUGAGUCAGCGAGCUUCAUCUCGGGAUCAACAGUAACUGAUCACGUCAGUGUUGGAGGAAGGAGAACAGAUUGAUUUGUGUGAUGAAGUCCGCAGGCUUUCAUUUAGUUUGUCCAGAUUCUUCUGUUCAUUAACAGCAGCUGUGAAGACAAGACAGAGAGAAAAAUAGGAAGGGGAAGAUGUGUCAAUCUGUUCAGACUUGUUUGGGAAUUUGAGCAGGGAAGGAGGGAGGAGGAGGAGGGGUGAAACAGCAAGAGAGAGAGAGAGAAGAGCAGAGGUUGACAGACAGAUUGAGAAGAAAACAGAUGCUGAGAGAGACAGAGGGUCAGAAUUGGAUUAAAGUUGAAAUAGAACUCCCCCCCCCAGCAGAUCUGGAGAGGAAGGAUUGCUUGUGUUGUGCAAUCCUUGUUUGUUCACACUACUAAACUAACUGAGAGCUGCAGAGAGAAGGGAGACUGGCCAUCUCUAGGGUACUAAACUCAGGUUCUGAAAAAAGUAUGUUACCAUGGAGACCAAACGCCCCAGUCUGACUCCCUUUGACACAUCUGAUCCAUCCAAUCAAAGCGCUUCCUACUUGAACCGUCAGCCAAUCAGCCAGAUCUGCCGUGAAACAAGUCCCAGACCUGGAACUGUGGCCCGGACAGACAGAGAGAGGGAGAGGAUCCGAGAGGAGGAAUGGAGGAGAGAAAGAGAAAUGGAGAGAUUUAAGGACAAGACAAGAAAUAGAAGAAAAGAGAUGGAACCCAGACCAAGAGAGGGGAACAGAGAGAAGGAGUGUGCCCUCAUAUCCAGAGGGAGGGAGGAGGAAAGGGAAUGGAGAGAGGGAGAAAGGGGGGGAGCGGGAGAGAGACGUGCCAAUGGAAGACCUACUUCAAAUCUGGAGAUCAGGAACCACAGAGACAGAGAAAAGGAGAGAAAGAAAGGAGACACGUUUCCUACAAUUAUAAAACAUAGCAAAGAGAGAGACAGAAGAAUGAGUGCAUUUGUGGAGGAAGAUGUGGGGAAAGAAGGAAUGAGACAAUUGGAGAGACCGAAGGGAACAGAGAUGGACGACUGGGAGAGAGAACGAGAGACAGCAGCAAAGAUACAGCGGUAUCGAGAUGCAGAGAGGGACUUCCAAAGGCACAGAGAGAGGGACUUCCAAAGGCACAGAGAGAGGGACUUCCAAAGGCACAGAGAGAGGGAGAGGGAGAAGGAGAGAAUCAGGGCACAGGAGGAUGGAGAGAAAAAUGGAGGGAGGCCUUUGGAGAAUAAGACAGUGAGACGGAGGGAGAGAGCGAGGGAAGCGGAGCCAGAUUUCAGAGAGAGGAGAAGAGCGAGGGACUCAAAGGGCAAUGGCCUAUGGAGCAAAAGAGAGAGGUAUAUGGAUGGAGAGCGAGAGAGGCCAAAACUCCGGCAGGGAGAAAGGGAUGUUAGAGGAAGAGAGGGAGAUUCACAGAACUAUUCGGAUAGAGAGGGCAGGGAUGGAAGGAGGGAAGGAAAUACCGAGGGACAGAGGGACACCAGGAGUGAGGGAGACAGUGAUGCAGAGAAGAGGAAAGAGAGAGUGAGAGAUGACAACAGAAGAGAACUGAAACAUCUGCACAGUAAAAGUGAGGGGGACACUGAGGGGAACGCAGCAUGGGAUAGAGUGAGGGAGAAAGAGAGACAGAAAUGGAGAGGGGGGGAGAUGUACAGAGAGAGGGAUGGAUGUAAAGAUGCUUAUAGACAGAGAGUGAGGGACGGGGGCAGGGGCAGGGACAUUGAUGAAGAGAGGGACAUGGACAGAUACAGAGAGAGGGACAGGAGAAAAGUGAGGGAAGUGGAGAGAGAGAGGGAUGGGGUGAGAGAAGGGGGCAGGCAAGAGAACGGACCAAGGGAAAGGAGGGAUCCGGAGAAAGAUAGGGAGAAAACACAGCCCAAUAUAACAGGAGAGAGAGGGAAGCAGAUGGAUGGAGAGAGAUUCGGAGAGAGGGAGAGAUAUUCCAAGGGGAAGGAUGAAGAGAGGAGGCACAGGGAGAAGAGGGACAGAGAGACAGAUCCCAAAAGGGAGGGAGAAGCAGAUGGAGCUAGCCGAUCGCCGAGUGAGACAGCCCCAAGGGUGCCACCACGAGUCCAGAGCAGUGGAGAAUGGAACAGUGACAUAGAGAGGGAAAGAAAAUGGAGAAGAGAAAGAGAAGGUCAUGAAGAGAAGGAGUCAGAGGGAGAUGUGGACAGGGGGCAGAGAGAGUGUAGUGAAAGAGAGAGACCAGAUAGAGUGAGGGGGAGAGAAGAAGGAAAGGAAGAGACGAUACCAAAGCGCCCUGAGCAGAGGAAGAUGUGGUUAGAACCACAGAAGGUCAGAUAUAACAAAGACUCCUCUUUAGAGGAUGACGUUAUAGAGCGAGAAAGAGAUAGGCACACUAACAGAUGGAGAGAGAGAAGUGAAGAAGAGGACAGAUCUGUGGAACAAAGGACAGGCAGAGAUAAAGAGAGGAAGACAGAGGGAGAAGGACAAGAGGAUAGGUCGGUGGAACAAAGAAAGUCCAUAGACGAAGAGAGAGAAGCUGAGAGGGAGGGAGGGAGGGAGAGGUAUUUGGAGAGAGGGUUAAAUGUAGAUGAAGACGAUGAGACGGAAGCCUGGAGGAGUUAUAGCAGAGGAGAGGAACACCAGACUUACAGCGAUGGAGAGAGAGAGGAACGCUGGCAGAGGGACAGUGAGAUGGAGAGAGAGAAUGUGACAGAUAACACAGAGGGUGACAGAGAGGAAGAAGGAAGAAGUGAUAGAUAUGCAGAGUGGGAAGGAGAGAGGGUUAGAAUUCCUUCCUCUGAGGACGGCUUUAUCACUGUGUCCAGUGGUGGAGAAGAGGAGUUUGAGGACUGCAAGGAAUUCGUGGAAGUUGGGUUCACUAAUCAUGUUACCAGGCAACCUGUUAGCUUUCAGGGGAGCGAGGGAGAGAUGAAGAGAGGUGGAGGGAGAAGACAUGAAAGAGAGAGAGAAAGAGCAGAAGAGCGGACAGAGCAAAAAGAUGAUGCAUUGGAGGGAGAGGUGAAUGAUGGAAAGGGGAAGAAGCAACCCACCUAUGUAUUCUGUGUGAUUGGACAAAAACUGCCCAGGUCAAAACCCAAUCAGACAGCAGUCCUGGGUGACAUUGAAUCAGAGCGGACCAAUCAAAAUCCUGGAUAUGGUCAUAGGGACAGUGAUGACAUCACACACCUCCCUCAUGAGAACCCUUCCAGAGAUGGAGACCAAGGGGCAGAGGAUGAGAGAAAAAUAGUGAGGGAUGAGAUCCACGUGCCAAAGGAGGAGAGAACAGACACAGAAGAGAGCUCCAAAGUGGACGUCAGUCACACUACCCUAGAACGAGAGAGCGGAGAACGACUGAAGGUCAUGGAGGAGAACCCAUACGCUGAGAUAGAGCGAAGGAGGAAAUCUGAGACCGAAAAACUCCUCAAAGAGUGGAGAGAAAGACAUGAAGAGUACACAGAAACAAGAGAGAGGGACCCAACAGACAGGAGGAGGAUAGAACCAAAGAUAGGUCCAUCUUCACAUCCCAGUGGAGAGUACCUCCACCAUGGGAUCCCUGUAGUUGACCAAGCCACCUCUGACCAGAAUAACCCUGUAGUGAUGAGCCCAGAGGAAGCUGUGGCCAUCCAAAUCUGUAUAAGGGAAGCCUGGAGCACAGAAGAGGAGGCCAAGCGCCAUUCCCAGGCCUCACACAUGAAGUGGGCCAAGAACGUAUUGAGCGAGAUCCUUGGCAGCUCGGAGGAACCAGCCCUCGGCAACCCCCAGCCAGAGUCACAGGGAGGUCAAGAGGUCAGCCAGACUACGAGAGGGACCGAGAGGGUAGAAGAGGAGCUAGAGGAAGAAAAGGAUGAGACGCUAGAGGGGGGAGGAGCUUCAACCGUCUACGCCACGGUUCAGAAGAGGACGAAGCGUGGGAGGAAGUCGGUAGAGGAGAGGCUGGCUGAACGGGAGGCAGAGCCAGGGAAGGUGGAAGAUAAGAGAGAUGAGGAGGAGGUGAGCGUCAACUGGGGAGACACGGACCUGAGGAAUGUCAUGGAUACCAUCAGAAUGGAUAGGAGGAACUCCAAAUUUUACAAUUCCCAGCUCUACCAGCAGUACAGUGAGACGGCUCAGAACAGGGAGAUCCUCAGUCAGUCUUGCUCUGACUCCUUCUCCAUCUACGAGGAGCUCCCUGUCCCCCUGUCCCCCGUACCCUCCUCUCUGGCCCCCUCGCUCACUCCGGCACGCAGGCCCUUACCCUGUCUCCCCCCAGUCAUCCACCCCCACUCUCUGUCCCACUCUGGAUUUACCUCCAGUGGCACCAGUGCCAAGUUCCUACCCGUACCACAGCUGCCCCAGCCCCCCCCGGCCAGGCCUUCCUCUCCCCGCCUCUCCAUCUCCCUCACCCAGUCCCCCAGCCUGUGGCAGGAGAUCCCUGAGGUCAGGAACAGUGCUGCGUUUGGGGAGCUGACUAACGACCAGAGACGCCUGCAGGAGGUGCAGUUUGAGGUUGUAACUUCAGAAGCGUCGUACUGUCGUAGCCUGGACAUUGUGGUGGAUCACUUUGUCAAGUCUAAGCAGCUCGGGGAGCUGUUGACUACUCAGGACAGGAGCUGGCUGUUCUCCAGGCUGGCUGAUGUCCGAGCCAUCAGCCACAGUUUUCUGUCGAAGCUGGAAGAGAGGGUGGAAUCUGAUAUGAUGCACUUCACCGUGUGUGACAUCAUCGCUCGCCACUGUCAACGCUUCAAGAAGGUCUACGUGCCCUACCUCACCAACCAAUCAUAUCAGGAUGCCACUUACCAGAGACUCAUGGAUGAGAACCAAGGGUUCAGGCGGGUAGUGGAGAAGUUGGAACGCAGUCCAGUGUGUCAGCGCCUUCCUCUUCGCUCCUUCCUCAUCCUCCCCUUCCAGAGGAUCACACGAAUCAAACUCCUUGUGCAGAACAUUGUGAAGAGAACAGCCCAAGGCACAGAGGAGGAGGUCCAGUCCAUCAAAGCUAUGAAGCUACUGGAGAGGUUGAUCCAGGAGAGCAAUGACAGUAUUACUCAGAUGAAGAGCAUUGAGUCGCUGGUCUCUCUCAGUGCCAGAGUGGACUUUGAAUGCAGGACUCUCCCCCUGGUCAGUCAGUCUCGUAGGCUGGUGAGAGAGGGGCCGGUGACUGAGAUGAUGGAUUUCUCUCUGAAGGAGACAGAGAGGAGUGUCUACCUUCACCUCUUCAAUGACUAUCUGCUGCUGUCGCUGCACAAAGAAGGGGGCAGGUUCACGGUGAUAGACCAUGCUCCAGUGUCAGAACUGAGAGCUGAGAACUGUCGGGUCAAACUGCACUCUCUAGAGAAGAACCUUUUCCGCCUCCACCUUAACAAGAAAGCCCUGCUACUUAGCACCGACACACAGGGUGAUAAACUGCGUUGGAUCUCAGCUGUUUCCAGGCCCCAUCCUGUAAUUGACUACUCUACAGCACAAGACUUCACACAGAUGCAGUGCGUCCGAGCCUUCGUUGCCCACCAACCAGAUGAGCUGUCCCUGGAGAAGGCUGAGGUCAUUCUCGUCCACCAGCAGAGCAGCGACGGUUGGGUGGAGGGGACCAGGCUGUCAGACAGACACAGAGGAUGGACUCCUGAGUCCCACUUGGAAACCAUAGCCAGCCUCAGGGUCCGACAGCACAACCUGCUGGACGCUCUAAAAAUUACCACAGCCACGGCUGCAGUAUGACAUGCCAACCACUGCCUGACUGCACUAGUGGAAUCCUAGUCACUGUGUUACUGGGGACAUGUGGAUUUGGACAGUGGAUGAAACAUAGUGUUUCAGACUGGAGUUGUCCCUCCCGGCCUCACCCUGCUUAUUGGGGAUGAAUGGCAAGGGGAUGAAUGGCUUUAGAGAGGGUGCCUUAGAUGGGGGUGCCUUAGAGAGAGGCACUGGACUGACAUUAAUACCUUUUAACACUUACAGGAGUGUCAACGUAAAUUAUUGAAAGGCUUUUGGAGGUGCCUGGGAGUGUCUAGGGUAGCCUUGUAAAUCGAACCCUGGCAAUGAAUGUCGAUGGACUGUUAUAGGAUGUAUUGGAAAUCAGCCAUCUAAGAACAUUGUGGAUUGAGGUCCUGUGGCCCCGGAGAAGGACAGCAGUUUCUUCAUAACUGCUUUACUUGGGGACUUUAAAGACAUAGCAUGGGGCCUCCCGAGUGGUGCAGCGGUCUAAGACGCUGCAUCGCAGUGCUAGAGGCCUCAUGAUACACCUGGGUUCGAUCCCAGGCUGUGUUGCAGCCAACCGCAACCGGGAAACCCAUGAGGCGGCACACAAUUGGCCCAGCGUCCUCCGGGUUACAGGAGGGUUUGGCUGGCCGGGAUGUCCUUGUCUCAUCGCGCUCUAGUGCCUCCUUGUGGCAGGUCGGGGGGUUUCAGAAGACGCAUGGCUCUCGACCUUCACCUCUCCCAAGUCCGUACAGGAGUUGCAGCGAUAGGAGAAGACUGUAACUACCAAUGGGAUAUCAUGAAAAAGGGGGAAAAAAUACAACAACAAAAAUAAGACAUGGUAUGAUACACCAUGGCAGUGUUUUGCAAUAGAGGUUAUUGUCUUUGAACAAAAUGUUUCUAUAUAUUCAGGGCAAUGUAUUAUUUGUGUAUAUUAAAAAAAUUUAAUAAAUGACUUUCAUGGUGGGUA